AUGGUCAGGAAAGGCCUCCACGUGGGGGUGGGGGACAACUCUCACCGGGGGCUUCAAGAAGCUAUAACAUGUGCAGCAGCCACACUCCAUCCGGAACCUUUCAUCCUCAGUCCUCUCAGUGGCUCAGCUGGUCACUCCAUGAACGGCAUCGGCCCAGUCCUGGGCUUGGUCUCCGUGCCCCUCCUGGGCUCGGCCAGCGACCACUGGCGCGGCCGCUACGGACGCCGCCGCCCCUUCAUCUGGGCCCUGUCUCUGGGCGUCUUGUUAAGUCUCUUUCUCAUUCCUCGAGCGAGUCGCCUGGCCGGCCUGGUGUACCCGGACGCUCGGCCCCUGGAGCUGGCCCUGCUCAUCCUGGGUGUGGGGCUGCUGGACUUCUGUGGCCAGGUGUGCUUCACCCCGCUGGAGGCCCUGCUGUCUGACCUCUUCCGAGACCCAGACCACUGCCGCCAGGCCUUCUCCGUGUACGCCUUCAUGAUCAGCCUGGGGGGCUGCCUGGGCUACCUGCUGCCCGCCAUUGACUGGGAUGCCAGCGCUCUGGCCCCCUACCUCGGCACCCAGGAGGAGUGUCUCUUCGGCCUGCUCACCCUCAUCUUCCUCACGUGCAUGGCGGCCACGCUGCUGGUGGCCGAGGAGGCGGCCCUGGGCUCCUCCGACCCCCCCGAGGGGCUCCCGGUGCUUCCUGCGCCUUCGCGGUGCUGCCCGUGCCGGGCCCGCCUUGCGUUCCGGAACCUGGCCGCCCUGGUGCCCCGGCUCCACAGGCUCUGCUGCCGGGUGCCCCGGGCCCUCCGGAGGCUCUUCGUAGCCGAGCUGUGCAGUUGGAUGGCCCUCAUGACGUUUACUCUCUUCUACACUGACUUUGUAGGCGAAGGCCUGUAUCAAGGGGUGCCUCGGGCUGAGCCGGGCACCGAUGCCCGGCGACACUACGAUGAAGGUGUUCGCAUGGGGAGCCUGGGGCUCUUCCUGCAGUGUACCAUCUCCUUGUUCUUCUCGCUGGGCAUGGACCGACUGGUGCAUCGAUUUGGGACCCGGGCGGUGUAUCUGGCCAGUGUGUUUGCCUUCCCAGUGGCUGCUGGUGUGACGUGCCUCUCCCGGAGCGUGGUUGUGGUCACUGCUUCAGCUGCCCUCACAGGCUUCACAUUUUCUGCCCUGCAGAUCCUGCCUUAUACCCUGGCCUCCCUUUACCACCGAGAGAAGCAGGUAUUCCUGCCCAAAUACAGAGGAGACAGUGGCAGCAAUAGCGGUGGUGACAGCCUAACCACCAGCUUCUUGGCAAGCCCCAAAGCUGGGGGACCCUUUCCUAAUGGACAUUCAGGGGCUUCCAAUACCGGCCUCUUUCCUUCCUCCCCCCCACUGUGUGGGGCCUCCCCUUGUGAUGUGUCAAUGAGGAUGGUGGUCGGGGAGGCAACCGAGCCUGGAGGUCCAGGCCGGGGUAUCUGCCUGGACCUAGCGGUCCUGGACAGUGCCUUUCUCCUCUCUCAGGUGGCACCAUCCUUGUUCAUGGGCUCCAUCGUCCAGCUGAGCCAGUCAGUCACAGCCUACAUGGUGUCAGCGGCGGGCCUUGGGGUGAUAGCCAUCUAUUUCGCCACUCAGGUGGUCUUUGACAAAAGUGACUUGGCUAAGUAUUCCAUCUAGGUGUCUCCUGAGCCCCAGAGAAGGGCCCCUCUCGCCCUUUCAUUUGCAUCUUUCUCCCUCCCUCCAUUUCUGUAUCUGUCCUCCUCCCACCUCGUCUAAGACUUGGAUUGGGAACGGCUGAGAAUCCCAGCUCAGCUUACCGUUUCUCUGUCCCCUUGGAGUCUGGGUCUCAGAAUCCCGUUCCUGUCACUGCCAAAGUGGAGGGGGCCCCCCAGUGCUUGUGAAGUACUCAGCUGAAGAGAUGACUGAAGAGCGAGGGCCUGGCACCUCUGGGCUCUGUUGCACACUCUUCCUCUUUUCAUUCCCUUGCAGACCUGGGGGUGACUGAAGCAGAGGAGCCCCGGAGCAGCUGGGGCUGGUUUCCUGGUUGACCUAAUAAGCCUUAAGUGCUGGUUUCUUGUUGGGGAGGUGGGGGGCGCUGAGGUCCUCACGGGUGGCUUUGUGUUAAUGUUUUGGGAAACAACAUGGGUCUUUGAGACCUUAGGGAUAAGAGCAAAGGCCCAGAGUUAGGAUGGAUGAGAAAAAGGGAUGAUUUGUAGGAUGGACAAACCAAAGAGGUCAGCCUCUCUUCUUCCUACCCCGUCCCCUCCCCAGAAAUCUCUCCAAUGUACCUCUUCCUCUCUGCCCUUGGGGAUUUCUCCUCCUAAGGCUGCUACUACACAGGAAGUUUUAACCUGAGACUUCCCCCGCCUUGCCCCAACCCCAGGAUUGGAAAAUGUGAAACAAAAUCCUUUUUUUUUUUUUUUUUUUUUAAACGGGACUCUUCCCAGUCCCUACUUUUAUACUUUCUUUGGCUUUUUUCAUCAUCCCCUUCCACCGCUUAAUUGAUCAAUACCUGGAAACUCUUCCCUGUUCCACCAGGCAGGUCUUGCGUUUCUCUGUUUAAUCCACCCCCCAAGGUCUUUAAACGUUUAACUUAUUUAUUUACCAGACGUGGGGGCAGUUGCUAACUCGAGUAUUAGAUUUUGCAGGGCCUGGUUCCCUGUUGGCUGAGCCAAGCCUAUCACUGCCAGCUGAUCCAUUCUGGAAGUGAUGGUUCUAGAAGCUAAAUAAUAAUGAUGUCUCUCACUUAGCCCGGUGCCAGAGGUUUUGCCCUCCUGGUCUUGUUAAAAUGGUUACCACAGUGCCUUGGCCCACCUUUCCACCCUCCUCCAUCUCACAGCCACCCCCUGCUCUUCUCUCUUGGCUUUGGCAUCCCUUCUUGCCAGCUCUGCCGCCUUGGAUCCAUCUCUCACCAUGGCACCCUCCUCCACUUCCUCCCUUCUUAGGCCUCUUGCCUCUCUCAGCCUCAAAAGGCAUAUGCUGUGCCUGGGGGGGCACAGGAUCUCAGGAGCACCCCUGCCUGGGCCAGGAGGUCUUACCUCGGGGGUGUAAGUGCUGUUUGCAAUAAUGUUUUAUGUCUUAUUUAUUUAGCUAAGUGAAUAUUUUGUACAGUGUGCAAGCAAUCAGAGUAUAAAGUUUAUUAAGGUGAA